AUGCAGCAGCCAGUCACGCGAAAAGAGUGGUUGGCGAAGCGAAAUCAGCCCGAUUUACGAGUGGUUCGACGCAAUUCCAGAGGAUAUCGAGAACCCCACAGAAAAAGCUCCAUUGAGCUCGGUCAGGACGCGUUGGCAAUUCAACGCCAAAUAAAUAUGAUCGAGUGCGAGCUGUGCUGUGAGUCCUAUCGUCAUCCGCACGACUUCCUGACCCUCUACAACUGCCGUCAUCAGUACUGCAAGCGAUGCGUGCUACGGCACACCACCAUCUGCAUCACUGAAGGCCGCAUCGAAGUACCGUGUCCUGGAUGUUCGGAGGACAUCCAUCCCAGCGAUAUCAAAAUCAUCACCGACGACGACCGGAUUCUGUACGAAAAAUAUGAGAUGUUCAGUGUGCGCCGAGUGCUCAUGACUAUGGACGACAUGCGUUUUUGUCCAGCGCCAGACUGCGGAUUCGCCGUCAUCGUCCCAAACGGAAGUCGGUGCCCGCGGAUCUCUUGCUAUAAUCCACGAUGCCAAGAGGAAUUCUGUUUCGAUUGCAAACAAUUUUGGCAUCAAGGCAAGGCAUGCGUCGAGUUCUCGCCGAAUGAUCCCACCUCGUGCCGCCCGUGUCCCCGCUGCCAAACCCUCAUCAUGAAGGCCAACGAUGGCUCGUGCAACCACAUGACCUGCACAAUGUGUCGUGCAGAAUUCUGUUGGCUAUGCCUCAAAGAAAUCACCGACUUCCACUACAUGUCGCCCACUGGAUGCACAUUUUGGGGUAAAAAGCCAUGGAGUGCCAAGAGAAAACUCAUGUGGCAAAUUGGAACAUUGAUUGGGACACCGGCUGUUGUCGUGGCGACUGCAGUGGUUUCAGUGCCUUUGAUCAUGGGUUUGGUACCCUAUUCCAUUGGAAAAAAGGUCUAUCGGAAGAUGAAAUCCGAGUCGAAGGCUAAAAGAGCGAUUUCGACGGCGGCGGCGGUGACUGGAUCGGCUAUAGUGUCACCGGUAGUUGCUGGUGUGGCUGUUGUACUCGGCGUCCCUCUUGCCAUCGGCUACACGUACAUUAUGGUUCCCAAAGCCCUCAUCCACGACGUCACUGAUAUGAUGAACAAGAAAAAGCAGCCCGAAAUCAUGGAAAUCACCGCCGGCGAGCUUCUAAAACUCUCGAUGGAUGAGAGUGAAGAGCUAUGCAAGAAGCCGUCCACCAUCGUCACGUCGUCAGAGACUUCAGAAUACCGAAACGCCGAUGGCUCGGCCCCCGGACCUUCCUCCGUGACGUCUUCUGACUAUUCAGAAGACUUUGAUUCGACUGACUUUGUGGAGUUGACGACGGAUUCCGAUUAA